AUGUUUGAGUGGGCGCAAAAGACAUUUGAUCAAAUCUCACAGACAGUGGCUCCUCCACCAGAGGACGGACCUGGUCGAUUUGCUUACAAUGUCCAACGGAAGGAGGAAGAUGUAGCUCUGGGAUGCAUUGGAGAGUUCGAUCCUGUUUACACCGUCGUCAACCAAGGGAAAGGCUGGUAUCCCAUUCAUAUGGCAUGCCAGUACUCAUUGACUCGACUAAUUCGUCAAUUACUGCACUAUCCGGGCAUCAACAUUGAGCAGGUGGACAUGAUAGGAAACACUCCUUUGCACCACGCUUGCGCCUCAUCGGAUAUGCGAGCACUGGAAGUUGUCCAGUUUUUGGUGAACGAAUGCGGGGCGAACGUUUUGGCCAAGAAUUCACAGGGACAAACUCCAUACGAUUUGGCUUCUAGCAACAAUGUACGCCAGUUUUUAUUGCCAAUUCAGCUGCAAAAGGAAACUCAAAUAGCUCUAGACAACGGAGGACAAGGAUUGCCUCCUGGGAUUGAUUUGGGAGGAUUGCGUAUUAAUAACUCCAAUAUAGCUCCACCUCCAAUGUCUUUUGGUGGUGCGGAACCUAGAGCCCAGUCGACUCGCAUGUAUCCACCAACUCCGCUUCCUGUUGACCCAAAUCGGAUUGCAUCGGCACCCGCCACAAUGGUACCCAAUACGAACACUACGGCCGCUUCCAACACGGCAGGAGGAUACUCGUUAAGAGGAUCAUCUUCCGCAGCUAUUUUCUCUAGCAAAUACUCGGCAGAUGGCUUUCAUUCCUCUUCUUCGGAUGUCAAUUUGCAACAGAAGUAUGGACAUGCUACUGGGGUACGACAACAGGUUACGGCACCGCCUCCUUCCUCUGGCAAUGCGGCAAGCCUAAGUUCGUUGUCAGAAACAACUCCAGCAUCGGGGAAUUUGGGGGGUGAUCCCAUGAACAAUCCGUUUUCCCGUGGGUCGGCUUUACCCAAACAACGAUAUGUCUCGUUUGGGCCUACAGCCACACAGCCACCAGUUCCCCCCUACGACCAAUUUGCACCAGCUACAGCCGCACCAGCCGUUCCAUAUAGUACAUUUGCACCUGGAAAUACUCCCGCUCAAGUAUCUGCACCCGCAGCUCCUGCGACACCCUCCCAAACAGGUGCUCCGAAUUCUGCCAAUGUCCCCAGCACGCCAUACAUGCCUCCGCCACCAUACCAAACUCAAAAUUACGAUUCGCCUUCCAAGCAACCAGGCUUUGUGUCUCCAGCAGCUGCGACCUAUGGCGGUUCACCGAUGACUCCUAUGGUCCCUGCAGUGGCACCUGUGAGUGGUGGAAGUGCUCAUGAUCUGUUUGCGGCCCCUUCGAAUCCAUCAACCGAGACAACUCCUGCCCCCAUCAGUGCCGGUAGUGCCCAAGAGCUCUUUGCUACACCUCAACCAGCAGACUCUGCUCCCAAGGAACCAGAGGUUCCAGCUGAGACUGCCCCUCAAUCGUCUGCGGAGGGGCCAGAUGAAGAAAAAGAGCAAAUUCCACGGGUUGCACCAGCAGAAGAAACGACUGCCGAAGCUGCACCAGAAAAGCAACCGGAAGUUCAAGCAAAGCAGAAGGAGGAAGUAGAUGCCGCAACGGGAGAUGCACCACCGGUAACAGAGGUGACAACAGACCAAAGCCUUACAGAACCUCAGCCAAGUCCCGCGGGCGAGACUUCCGAUUGGGUGGAGACAACAGAUCCAUCAAGUGGCCAAGUCUACUACUACAACACUGUAACUCAAGAGACCUCUUGGGAAGACCCUCGGGCAAAGGCUCCUGAUGAAAGUACAUCGACUGAAUCUGAUUGGGUGGAAACGGAGGAUCCCUCUAGUGGAAAGAUGUACUACUACAACAAGGUGACCCAUGAAACAUCUUGGGAAAAGCCUCUGGAACUCGCCGCAAAUGAAACUUCAAUAAACGAUGAAACGAAAGAGGAAUGGGUCGAGACUGUUGACCCAACUAGUGGACAAACAUACUAUUACAAUCAGCGAACAGAAGAAACGUCAUGGGAGAAGCCAGCUUCCAUGACACAAACCGAAGAUGAAAGGGCUACCACAAGCAGUGGCAGCAGUGAGUGGGUAGAGACUGUCGACCCAACCAGUGGGCAAGUCUACUACUACAAUCAGGUGACCCACGAAACGUCCUGGGAGAAACCAGCGUCCAUGACAGAACCGGAACAAUCUGCUGCUCCUGCAGCUGAUGGGGCAGCUACGACAGAGCCAAAAAAUGAUUCAACCCCGACUAUCGACUGGGCGGAGACUGUGGAUCCUAGUAGUGGACAGACCUACUACUACAAUUCAAAAACUGGUGAGACGUCCUGGGAGAAACCAGAGGCAGCGAAGGAACAAGCAGCCGAGGCGCAACAAGCUCCUGUUGCUCAGGAAGUUUCCAACGGCACCACCGCUGCUCAAGGAGUAGAAAUGACCAUGGGCGCGCAUGAUCUUUUUGGCGAAUCUGCACCAGCAGCUGACCAACCCGCUUCUGACACUCCAGUCGAAGCCGAACAAACCGCCACAGAGCCAGAAGUCGCAACAAAGGAGAUCUCAACUAGUGCUGAGACCACAUCAGCGCCUGCGACAUUCCAACCUCCACCAAUGUCAUCUGAAAGUGCGACAGACACGGCCGAUGCGGCCCAAAUGUUCGGAAGCCCGUCUGGGGUAAAGUUCGAGCCUCCACCGAUGUCAUCCGCGGAUGCUCAGAGCGUCCAACCUCCGCCAAUGCCGUCUGAAGAUGUGCCACCCGCCGAAAACGCGACGGCAAGCGAAGCAAAUGUGUUUGGUUCCACAAGUACUGACACUCCAGCUCCAAAAGGAGAAGAGUCACAAGCUCUUGUCGAUGAAAAGAAAACAGUGGAACAAGACUUGAGUGGCGAAGGAGAAAUGCUGGAUGUCCCUUUGUCUCCUGACCCUACCCCAGCACCGACGAAAAAUGUUGACCAAAGUGCUGAUUUGUUCGCAGCAAUUGGAAUGCCACCACCUCCAUUCCAAAGCAAGCGGUGA